AUGGCAUCCAACAACACCGUCCUCACCCUCCGCAAAGUCAUCACCUCCGAAUCGGAACCUCUAGCCCGCCGAUUCCGCGCCCUUUUCUCCCUCAAGCACCUUGCCUGCUUGCAGCCCCCGACGGAGCAGACAUUGCCCGCGAUCGAAGCUAUCGCGGCUGCUCUCAGCUCUUCCUCAUCCGAAUUGCUCAAGCACGAGCUUGCAUACUGUCUAGGCCAGACCCGUAACCCGGACUCCGUGUCGUACCUCCAGGAUGCGGUGAGGAAUACGAAGGAGGAUGCGAUGUGUCGCCAUGAGGCCGCGGAGGCUCUUGGUGCGCUGGGAUUUACUAGCAGCCUGGAGUUGCUGCAGAAAGUGAGGGAUGACGAGAAUGAAUUGGAUAUCAUGCGCGAGACGUGUGAUAUUGCGGUGGACAGAAUUCUCUGGGAGAACUCCGAGGAGAGAAAGGCCGAGAAGUUGAAGCCUAGCGACUUCUCGUCUAUCGAUCCUGCCCCGCCGCUUCCCUUGAUCUCGAGCCAACCCUCGAUUUCCGACUUGGAAAAGACACUGCUUGAUACACAACUCCCUCUGUUCCAGAGAUACCGUGCCAUGUUUGCCCUGCGUGAUCUCGCUUCGCCUCCUGAUCUCCCUACAGCGCCGGCCGCUGUUGAUGGUUUGGCCAAGGGCCUGAAGGACCCUUCUGCGCUGUUCCGUCACGAGAUCGCAUUCGUUUUUGGUCAGCUCUGCCACCCGGCGUCUGUUCCUAGCCUCACGGAAACCCUCAGCGACCAGCAGGAAAUUGGCAUGGUGCGCCACGAAGCUGCCGAGGCUCUCGGGAGCUUGGGAGAUGUCGAGGGUGUCGAGGAGACACUGAAGAAGUUCUUGAAUGACCCGGAGCAAGUCGUCAGAGAAAGUAUCCAGGUAGCUCUUGACAUGGCUGAAUAUGAGAAGAACGGGGAAAUUCAGUAUGCGCUGGUGCCGGACGAGGCAGCCCCCGCUGCUGUACCUGCUGCUUGA